AUGGACGAAAAUACUGCUAAAUUUGUAUCCAGAAAUGGUAGAUCCGAGCUGGUUAAAUUUAUUGCUGAUAGGCAUGCUAAUCUCAUGAGACCAGCUGCUCGAUAUUAUUCCGCGCUUAAAGAUGCUUUGGUUUGGGGGAAAAGAAGAUAUACGCUUGUUAAAGAUGUGGACGACAUGGAAACAGGAGUAUAUGACAAACCUCUUCCGUGCUUUGGUUGUGGAAUCGGCUGGUUCUCCUUUCUCCUGGGAUUUGUGUUCCCGCCUUUGUGGUACUAUGCGGCAUUUCUUUAUUUCGGCAACUAUUACCGCAAAGAUCCUAGAGAAAGAGCCGGACUUGCUGCUUCCGCAAUCACUGCGAUGGGAUUCUCUCUUGUGGUACUCGUGUUUUUGGCUUUCCGAUGGCUUUAA